AGUGCCCAUUGUAGCAGAAAUGCAACAUGUUUCAAAUUAAAUUAUAUUAUAUGAAAUAUAAUAUUUUUUAAUUAGGUAGUGCUCUCUAUUUGUUUAAGAAAUAACUACCUAUCAGCUGUUAUAAACACAAUAGUGAUUUAGUUGAUAACCAUUGCUUAGUUUCCCGCCAAAAAAAUGUUUUCUUAUCAUAUCAUCAAAACAACCGUUGCGAGCUUUUUUUUUUAAGUUUUUUUGUGUCUUAAAUACUAAUUUAUUCGUCAAACAAAAAUUCUACGUAUUCAGUGGGCAAGAAGGUAACGAUAUGAAUCGUAAUAAACUCAACAACGAAGAACUAUUACAGAUCCUUUUUAACACAAAUUGGUCAGACAGUGAAGAUGGUUUAGAUAAUUCUGACCACGAACAAGACCUUAACAAUGUACAAAUACCUGAACAUGUUGAUUAUCCUACUAAUGUAAAUGAUGAAGUGAGUUUUGACUUAUUGGAUUUGCCUGUGGAAAUGCAGUUUGACACUGGUGAAACAUUAAUUCUACCUUCAGAUUCGAAAUCAAAUUUGACUUAUCAAAACCAAAACACAACACCUAGACGCAGUAUAAGACAGGCAUUUUCCUCACCAACAGAAAGUACUAGCAAUACUACCAAUCAAUCCCAUUCAAGACCAAAAGAAAAAAAUAUUGAAUUGACAAAUUUAAAAUGGAAAAAAGGUAAUUUGAUCACACCCUCUGCAUGUUUAAAAUUUAAUGAACCUACGCUUCAUAAUGAUUUGCUUUCGCUUGAAACACCGCUUGACUUCUUUGCUUACUUUUUCAACACUGAGCUUUUGAUUAAAAUAAAAGAAGAAACUGAAUUGUAUUCAGUUCAAUUAAAUCCCAAUAAACCAGUCACACUAAGUAUUGAUGAAAUAAAAAGGUAUUUGGGCAUUUGCAUUUAUGCUUCUGUGCUGCAUGUGCCAAAAAUCAGGGACUAUUGGUCGGUUGAUUUAGGCUUUCCUUUGAUAUAUAAUACUAUGAGUCGUAAUAGAUUUGAGCUUAUAAAAAGUGUAUUACAUUUCAAUAAUAAUGCAACAAUGUUAUUGCCAAAUAACCCGACCACGAUCGUCUUCAUAAAUUGAGACCUAUAAUUGAUCAUUUAAAUAAUCGCUUUUCGUCUAUUCCUUGUAAAGAAACUUUAUCAUUAGACGAACAGUUAUGUGCUACUAAAGCUAAAAGUUAUAUGAAGCAGUAUCUACCAGACAAACGGGAAAGAUGUAAAAUGCCUUCAUGCAAAGGUUUUACUUACUUAAAAUGUACAAAAUGUACUGUGUUUUUAUGUUUAAACCGUAACAAAAAUUGUUUUACUAAUUAUCAUAUGUGAAUAUUAAAAUGUUGACUUAUUAUGACCCACUGUUGCAUAUAUGCUACAUAGUUCAAGUUUAAGUUUAAUAAAAAAGUUUCAUGUUUUGAUUUUUUUACUUAUUUUUCCCAAUUUCCUCGUGUUUUAAUGAUUAAAAAAAAAUUUAGAAAUUUAAAAUUAAAAAAAUUGGGCAUUGAAGGGUUAAUCAAGUUCCCCGACAAAUUAACUAACCAAACCAAAAUUAUCUUUAUUUAAAUAAUAUAAGAACAAGUAAAUAAAAUUAAAACAAAAACACUAUCUAACAUAAUA